GUUUUUGGUUUCAUGCUGAGUAAUGGAACCGGGGAGGGGAACCUCCCUGUUCAUCUAAAAAACAAAAGGAGCUCUCGUUCUAGUGUUUCAGCCGAAAGCUUCUCGGCCAUGGCAGUGGCCGCCUCUCCAUCUCUCAGUCUUCCUCCACCUACGCAGCGCGCCACCCCAAAGCCGCGCCGCCGUACGCCGCCGCGAGACGUGGUCUCAUGGACGUCCGCCAUCGCGCGCCCGGCGCGGGAGGGCGCCCUGCCGGCGACGGCCGCGGCGCUCUCCGCCAUGCUCUCCUCCCCCGCCGCGCCCGCGCCCAACGACGUCACCCUCCUCACUGUCCUCUCCGCCUGCGCCGGCUCUCCCUCCUCCCCGUUCGCCCGGCCCCUCGCGCUAUCGCUCCACGCCCUCGCCAUCAAGCUGUUCCCCGGCCACCUCCUCCUCUGCACCUGCCUCGCGCGGUUCUACCUCGCGUCCCGCCUCCCCCACCACGCCCUCCAGCUGUUCGGCUCCAUGCCCGUCAGGUCCGUAGUCACCUACAACACCAUGAUCACCGGCCUCAUGCGCAACGGCCUCGUCGCCGCCGCGCGCGAGGUGUUCGACGGAAUGCCGGACCCGGACAAGGUCUCCUGGACGGCGCUCAUCGACGGGUGCGUCAAGAACGGGCGCCAUGACGAGGCGAUUGACUGCUUCCAUGCCAUGCUGCUGGACGGCGUCGAGCCAGACUACGUCACGCUGGUAGCUGCCAUCUCCGCGUGCGCUGAGGUCGGCGCGCUCGGCCUCGGUAUGUGGGUGCACCGGUUCGUGACCAGGGAGAGGCUGGAGGGCAACAUCCGCAUCGCCAACUCGUUGAUCGACAUGUAUGCUCGGUGCGGUCAGGUGGAGUUUGCAUGGCAGGUGUUUGACAGCAUGAGGAAGCGGACGGUGGUCUCCUGGAACUCGAUGAUUGUCGGGUUUGCAGCCAAUGGACGGUGCGUGGACGCCAUCGAGCAUUUCAAGGCAAUGCAGAGGAAGGGGUUCAAGCCGGACGCUGUGACGUUCACGGGCGUGCUCACGGCCUGCAGUCACGCCGGUCUCACCGAUGAGGGGCUGAGGUACUAUGACGCCAUGAAGGCGGAGCAUGGCAUCACAGCAAGGAUGGAGCACUACGGGUGCGUGGUCGACCUGCUCGGCCGGGCAGGGCGCCUGGACGAGGCCAUGAGUGUGGUGGCGACCAUGCCGAUGCGGCCGAACGAGGUGGUGCUGGGAGCUUUGCUUGCUGGGUGCCGGAUACACGGGGACGUCGACAUGGCUGAGCAGCUGAUGCAGUACCUCCUCGAGCAGGACCCUGGCGGCGACUCAAACUACGUGCUGCUGUCAAACAUCUACGCCGGCGUCGGGAAAUGGGAUGGCGCGGGCAUGGUCCGGGGCCUGAUGAAAGCCCGGGGAGUGAAGAAGAGGCCAGGCCGCAGCGCCGUGGAGAUCGACGGCGCCGUGCAUGAGUUUGUCUGCGGAGAUCGGUCUCAUCCGCAGGCUGAGGAGGUGUUCGACAUGCUUGGCCUGCUGAGCCAUGAGAUGGCAGGGCAUGAGGCCGUGAGUUAUGGAUGAGCACUGGAGCGACUGCCUGUUUGGAUGAACUCAUCAGAACUGCAGGAAUGCAGAAUACUGGAGGCUUUCAGUAGUCACCAGGCUCGGUGUUUCAAGCAUUCGUAAAGGCUACUGGUAGAUCAGCAACUUGUAUUUGCAUCUCUGCGGUUGUUGUGACUCCCGUUUCAUGUACAGUCUGGGGAAGAGGCACCCGACCUGUACAGUAAUAUAGGUACAGGUGAUGAGAUGUAUCUUUUUACGUUGACAGAUGAGAAGUACUUAUCAUUGUAAAAUCUUGAGAAGCAAAUCCACAUGGCUUAUCAGCUCAA